AUGCAAACACUUUUGCAUAUUUAUAAUUUAAAAGCGUUUGUGGGAUAAGGUUAAACCUGCGUAUACGCCAGGUCUUUAAAAACAGAAAAUGGAAUGCCGAAAAGUUCUUAUAGCGGUUGAUGGUAGCGAUUAUGCAGAAAAGGCAUUCGAAUUUUAUGUUGAAAACAUUCGCAAAGAGAAAGAUUUUCUUAUUUUGGUUCAUUGUGCUACUCCGCCAAAGCUUCCACUGCUAAGUUUUUCAGAACCAUUAGCGUUACCGGCAGAUGAAUGGCUAAAUUCUAUUGUAACUGAAAAUAAAAAAAGUCAAACUGUCAUGGAAAAGUUUGAAUUAUUAUGUGAAUCUAUCAAGAUUCCGAAAAAAACUCUUAUUGCUAAUGGUAAGCCUGGCCAGGCCAUUAUAGAAACAGCUAAAACUGAGGGGGCCAACCUCAUAGUUAUGGGCACCAGAGGAUUGAAUACUAUGAGACGUACUUUUGUUGGAAGUGUGAGCGAUUAUGUUCUCCAUCAUUCUAGUAUUCCAGUUACCAUAGUGCCUCCAAAAGUUUGAGAAAUUUCCGUUUCUUUUCUUAGUUCUUGUACAAUUAAUUUCUUAUAUAAUUUAUUCACUCACUUUUUUAUCGCAUCGCAUUUAAUAUCGCAAUUUCUACAUUGUGGGCUAUUCUUUUUUGAAUUAUAUCCGUUGAAUUCUGCACAUUUUCGAUUGUAAAUUAUUUUUAAAAAUGAUUUUCAAAAAUUA